AUGGUGCGCUUAUUCUCGAUAACCUUGUUCGCAAGUCUUGUCAUCGCCGCUCCCGAGACAGGCCGGUGCAGAUGCCGACCGCACAAUGACUGCUGGCCCGCCCAACAAGAAUGGUCCAGCCUAAAUGAUACCAUACAAGGGAAUCUGGUAGCAGUGAGGCCUGUGGCUUCAGUCUGCCAUUGGACAGAGUUCGACGAAGCGGCUUGCAAAGCCACCACGGAGCAAUGGCAUGAUUCUCUUUGGCGCGCUGCGCAGCCCGGUGCUGUGCAGUGGGAGAAUUGGGAGUCAUGGGCGGAACACAACCAGACCUGCUACAUAGAGUCGCCAAUGAACACUAUCUGUGGACAGGGUAGGGUUUCAUUGUACUCGGCGAAGGUGCAGACAGCGGAACAAAUCCAGCAAGCCGUGGCGUUUGCCCAGACGCAUAACCUGCGACUUGCUAUCCGGAACUCCGGUCAUGAUUAUAUCGGUCGCUCGACAGCCCCUGAGUCAUUGCAGAUCUUCACCAAUGGCAUGAAGGAUAUCAAAUUUGUUGAUAACUUUGUGCCAACUGGUGCGCCUGGGGGCAAGGGUGAGGGCCAUGCCGUCACGUACGCGGCGGGCGUUAAUUUGGCCGAGCUAUACCAAGCUGCUGGAGAUAAGAAGAGAACUAUUCAGGGAGGAGCUUCGCACACUGUUGGUGCCGCUGGGGGAUAUAUUCAGGCGGGAGGCCAUUCGCCCUUUGGUACGCGGGGAGGAAUGGCAUCCGAUAAUGCCCUCGAAUUUGAAGUUGUGACGGCCGAUGGGAAACUUGUUAUUGCAAAUGAUUAUCAGAAUAGCGACCUUUUCUGGGCCCUGCGAGGCGGCGGCGGAGGGACAUUCGGUGUCGUCGUCAAUGUGACUGUCAGGACGCUCCCAGAGACACCUGUGCUAGUGACGAAUCUGAACUUCACAACGGCGCUGGGUGAUGAACAAUUCUGGGAAGCAGUGAGCGAAUAUCACGCAGCGUUGCCAGCCCUAAACGACGCUGGUGGCUCUGGAUACUAUUUCGGAUACCCCAUUAUGUCGGUCAAUUCGACAAACACGGUGUCCGUGAUGACUUCGUUCAUGUGGUUCGCAGGGUACACGAACACAACUGCAGCGGACAAGCUUUUGGAGCCAUUGCAUUCUGCAUUGAGAAAAUUGCCUGGUGUGAAGGUCCAUCACUCCAAGAUCCUUAUGCCAUCUGUGGACUCAGUCCUUGAAAAAAAAUGGUCGGGAGAUGGAGGUGACGCCACUGGUGGUGUUGCCGCGCUUAUCUCGCGUUUAUAUUCCAGGGAUCUGUUAGCAUCCAAAGACGGACCCGGUCGACUGGUCAAAGCAUGGAGGAGCCUCAGAUACGGGCCUGGCGAUUCGUUCCGUGGCCAUGUCGUGGGAGGAGGUGCCGUUGCAGCCAAUGGCAAGAAGAUUGAUAGCGCUAUCAAUCCGGCUUGGAGGAAGACCAUUACUCAUUUGGUCAUUUCGAGAGCAUGGGGAGCAAAUGCAACGGUGGAACACCAACAUGCCAUGAUCAAGAAUGCCACUGAUGUUGAGAUCCCGCUCAUUCGUUCGGUGGAGGGUGAAGAUCAAAUGGGCUCAUAUGGCAACGAGGCGCAUCCAUACGAGCCUGGUUUCCAGCAGUCAUUUUGGGGAGAUAAUUAUCCUCGUUUGUACCAGAUCAAGCAGAAAUGGGAUCCCAAGGGACUCUUCAUUGCUCGGAUCGGGGUGGGAAGUGAGGACUGGGAUGAUGCGGGGUUGUGUUUGAAGAAAUGA